AUGAAAAGGCAGCGACCAGGACACAUGGUAGGGAAGAUGCACGUAACACCGGCAAGAUCGUCAGGAAGAGUGCCAGCAAGAGCAGCGCGGGUCGACGAAGUCCCGGUUUGGGAAGCCUUCGAGGAUCUUGCAGGGCAGCUGCAUGGGGCCCUGCUGGAUCUGUCUCUGCCCACUGUCGAUCUGUUGAAUCUUUGGGGACGAGCCUUGGCAGAGCGGAGCCGUUGGCAGCAACUCGACGCCGAGGGCCUUCUAGAAUGGCCAGAUUCACCCGGAGGACCUGGACGAGCGGAGCCUUGGUCGCAACCUCAAGGAGAUGGCUACGGAAGGCAGCCAAACAGCGAGCAGAAGAACUGGAAGGGCUUGCUUCAGCAGGCGUAUCAGCAGACCCACCGCAAGGUCAUACCCAAGGACGAGAUCUCUUACGUCGUCGAGGCUGUGGAGUCACAGUUCAGAGCCACGGUGCAAGCACCCGGUCUCAGCGCCCCCUUUCAGGGGGAGCUCUCUAGCAACAAGAAGCAGGCCGAACAUGCAGCAGCCAGGGCCGCCAUCUACGCGGACUUCCCAAAGUAUGCCGAAGUACCCGAAAGAGUUCAAAAAGCCACGGAUUCUGCAGAGAAUGCCAUGAGUGCCAAGAUGAAACUCCACGAGAUGGUCCAACUGCUCACCGGCCGGUCUGUCGUCAAGGAGGAGAUCGAGUACGAGGUCCAGGAGCUCCAAGUGCCCGGCCAGAGGGGGACCCGAUACGUGGCCACGGUUCGCUUGGCAGCCCUUGACGACGACUCCUAUGAGGGAGAGCCGGCAUCGAGCAAGAAGCAAGCAGAACACUUUGCUGCACAGGCAUGGCCUACGGUCGAGUUCCUGCAGCUGAUGAAGUUAAACAGGGCUGCGACACCUCGUCGAAGCUGGUCGCUGAGGCCUUCAUCUACCACCACUUCGACGACGACAACGACGACUACAACAACGACAGCUGCCACCAAGGGCCGCAAUGCCAGCUCUGUGAUCACCGUGCCUGGCUGGCCGGACAUCUCGGGAAAGUUCCCGCUGUCCUAUGCUGUCAAGGCCGGUGGCAUGGUCUAUGUCUCCGGAAUGCAAGGAAUGGACAUGGCGACCAUGAAGCUGGUGCCGGGUGGCGUAGGCCCGGAGACGACGAAGAUUUUGUCGAACUUGCAGCAGUUGCUGCAGGCCGCAGACAGUUCCGUGGGGCAGGUGACCUUGUGCAGCGUGUCCCUGGUCAACAUCUCCCGAGACUUCACGGCCUUCAACACCGCCUACGCCGCUUUCUUCAAGGCCAGCGCGACGCGACCGAGCCCACCUCCCGCUCGGGUGGCUGUUCAGGUCUCCGCCCUCGCCGGCACGGCCUCAGUCGAGAUCCAGUGCAACGCAGCGUUAAAGGAUCGCCAGCGGCCGACGAUUGUCGUGCCGACUCUGCCACCCACGAGAGGCCUGCCUCUCUCCUGGGCCACAGAAGUGGAUGGCAUCGUCUACGCCAGUGGGAUGCAGGGCCUUACGGCCAGUGGCGAGUUCAUUGCCGGGGGGAUCGGGAACGAGACGACUCAGGCGCUGCAGAACCUCAAUGAGAUUCUGAAGUCGGCUGCUUCGGACGCAGGCAGCGUAAUUUCAUGUAGCGUGUGGCUCACCAACAUGAGCGACUUUGAAGAGAUGAACGAGGCCUACAAAGACUUCUGGCCAGAAGAGUCUGCUAUGGGUGGCUUGCCGACCAGGGUCUGUGUCGAGGCAGCCUUGGCAGGCAAGGCCCGUGUUGAGAUCCAGUGCAAUGCCGUCGCGAGGGGCGAUCCUCAUCACACUGGGCCCCCGAAAGUGAUUAAGGUCCCGGGCUGGCCCGAGAUGAAGGGCUUCCCUUUCUCCGCGGCGGCGACCAUCGACAACUUGGCGUUCAUCAGCGGGAAUCAGGGCGUGGACAUGUCGACCUCGAAGCUCGUCGAGGGCGGGGCUGGGCCGGAGACCACGCAGACUCUGAAGGACAUCCAGGCGUCCGCCGAAGCAGCUGGGACAGGUCUCUCGGAAGUCGUCGCCUGCGAAGUGUCCCUUACGGACAUGAAAGACUUUGCCGCCGUGAACAAGGCCUACGCAGAGUUCUGGCCCUCGUUGCCACCCAGCCGCGUGGCAGUGCAGGUCGGCAAGCUG